AUGUCUCUCUUCCUCCUCUUCCUCCUGUUCCUCCUGUUCCUCCUAUUCCUUCUGUUCCUCCUGUUCCUCCUGUUCCUCCUAUUCCUCCUCUUCCUCCUCCUCUUCUUCCUCCUCCUCUUCUUCUUCCUCCUCCUCUUCUUCCUUCUCCUCCUCCUCCUCGUAGUCUUCUUCCUCCUUAUAAAUAUCUUCUUCCUCCUCUUCCUCCUCCUGCUCCUCUUCUAA